UGAUGUGCCAAGAGGAACAGUCCCUUGAACAUCAACAGAUACUAUUGUUGUCUCGUUGACUUGGCCGCAUAGGAAUAUUGCAAAAGACCGGAGGAAAGCCAUCAUCUAGAUGAUCUGAUUGGCCGGGCAUGGUAUCUCAAAAGCGCGGGCGUUGAGCGCCAUCUUGAGUCUGGAGCACGAGCUGGAUGUCGAGUGGCAUAUAUGUGGCGCUUUUCACGAAAUGUAUCCGUCUAUCACAUCACACAUGUGUCGGCUUCUUUCGUGUGGGUUCCCCUCUUUAUAUACCUCUAUUAUUUGUAUAAAGGAUCCGGAGAAGCUCGAGUUGUCCCUAAUUUUUAUUACCAAGGGAAAUCCUUUAUUCGUGCCUCUGGGACACUACCUUGGCUAAGUGCUCCUAUUCGUGCGUUAAUAUGUCUACUAUUCUUGUCAAAAGCCUUCCCAGCAAGGGCCAAUUUGCCGAAUCAGUCACGUCCCUGGACAAUGCCGCUCCAUUGGGGGUCCCUCAUGAGGAAAAGCGCUUUUGGUUCCAGCGAUCAAAGACGUGGAAUCCCGAUGCAAUUGCUACACUUCCGAGUGUUUUUGACGAUCCGGCCACUGCCGAAAAAUAUAAGCCCCGAGAGGAUUGGGAGAACUUGCACCGGUUUGAUCCCUCGGCCCGGUGGAGCUGGGCCGAGGAGUAUGCUCUAAUUCGAAAGAUCGAUUUCAAGAUCAUGAUCUGGGCGUGUGUUAUGUUCAUGGCUCUGGAGCUGGACAGAACGAACUUACAGCAAGCUCUGACUGAUAACUUUCUCCCUGAACUUGGGUUAACUACAAAUGACUACAAUCUCGGAAACACGGUAUUUAAACUUGCAUUCCUUUGCGCCGAAUUACCAUCACAGCUUGUAUCUAAAUGGAUGGGCCCCGACAGAUGGAUUCCUGCUCAACUGAUUCUUUGGAGUAUCGUCGCCAGUGCUCAGUUCUGGCUCGAUGGUCGAAAUUCUUUUCUAACAUGUCGCGCACUUAUCGGCUUGCUCCAAGGCGGUUUUAUUCCCGAUGUCAUCCUCUAUCUCUCGUAUUUUUAUAAGCAUCAUGAGUUGAAUUUACGACUUGGAUUCUUCUGGACAAUGAUGAGUGUUGCGGACAUCAUGUCGGGUUUCCUAGCUUAUGGGUUCCUGCAUACACGAGGUCUUCACGGCCUGGCCGGCUGGCGAUGGCUCUUCCUCUUCGAAGGUCUUCUUACUCUUGUUGUUGGUAUAUUCUCCUUCGGUCUCAUGCCUGCUAGCCCUUGCCAAACAGCGAGUUGGUUCAGGGGUAAGAAAGGAUGGUUUUCAGAACGCGAGGAGAUCAUCAUGGUGAAUCGAAUCAUCCGUGAGGACCCAAGCAAGAGCUCAAUGCACAACCGUCAGCCAAUUACACCACGCUUGCUAUGGAAGAGCUUGAAAGACUAUGAUCUAUGGCCUUUAUAUAUUCUGGGAAUGACCUUUCAGAUCCCCUCCACUCCCGAGGCGCAGUACCUAACUUUAUCACUGAAAAAUCUGGGAUUUGACACAUUUCAAACGAAUCUGCUAGCCAUUCCUUGGACUGUUGGCCAUAUUAUCACAAUGCUUGGGUUGACCUACGUGGCGGAGAUAUUUGGAGAGUUAACCUUGACGGCGAUGAUCGGCCAGAUCUGGCUAUUGCCCUUCCUCAUCUACCUCAAUGUUGCAGAUACUGCCAACACCAAUCGCUGGGUAAUCUGGACUGUGACUACUUUGCUGCUCUCUUAUCCGAACGCGCACCCAAUUCAAGUCGGAUGGAAUUCACGCAACUCAAACACCGUGCGAUCGCGCACCGUCUCCGCCGCAUGCUACAAUAUGUUCGUCCAAGCAGGUGGCAUCAUUUCAUCGAACAUUUAUCGAUCCGAUGAUGCUCCGCUCUACCGCCGGGGCAAUCGUGCGCUUAUUGGGAUUCUUGUUGGCAACAUUGCCUUGUAUUUGCUGACGAAGACAUACUACAUCUGGCGCAACAAGUCGCGCGAUGCGAAAUGGAAUGCUUUGUCCGAUGACGAGAAGUUGCACUACCUUGGGACGACGACCGAUGAGGGUAACAAGAGACUAGAUUUCCGAUUCCAACACUAAGGACAAGGCGUCUGUUGUAAGCAGGUCAUAGUAGAUCAACGAUGUACGCCGUUGCCGCAUUGGUAGUACCCUAGUUUCCCAUGCGAACUUGCAAUUCCUGGGGACGCGCCGGAAGACGGGUUAUAGAAGCAUAUAUUUAUCGAUC